AAAAUUAGAGAGAGAGAGAUAGAGAGCGUCUCAGUCUCACAGUCUCUCAGGCUUAGCCUUGUUAGUAGUUGUGAGGAACACAAAUCUCUGAUUUUCACACAAUAACGUGUCUGUCUUUCAACCCCUUUGGUUUUUUUCCUCUGCUUAUUUGCUUCUGUUUCCUUGAAUUCCUCAAACACACAAACAUUUCCUACCAAAUAAAAACCAGACACACACAACACACAUAUAUAGUUGAAAAUGGCAAGCUCAGUGGAGGAGGCAGGAAGAGAGGAAGUUGUUUCUGUGGAGCUCCCUGCUCCUCCUGGUUGGAAAAAGAAGUUCUUGCCCAAACAAAGUGGAACACCAAAGAAAAAUGAGAUCAUAUUUACAUCCCCCACGGGAGAGGAGAUUGUUAGCAAAAGACAAUUGGAACAGUACCUGAAAGCACACCCUGGUGGUCCCACAGCAUCAGAAUUUGAUUGGGGCACCGGUGAGACCCCUAGGAGAUCAGCAAGGAUUAGUGAGAAGACCAAGGCAACUCCCCCACCAGAAAGUGAGACCCCAAAGAAACGGAGUAGGAAAUCAUCAGCUAAGAAGGAUGACAAAGAGAAAGAAACUGCCUCUGAAGGAACUGAGGAGACCAAAGAAGUUCACAUGGAAGAUGCUGAAAAAUCUGAGAAAGAUAAUGUAGAUGCAAAGACAGAAAAGGUGGAUGUGAAGCAAAAUCAAGAAGACAAUAAAGCACAAGAUACAGAUACCAAAACGGAAGCAAUUCCUCCAGAAGAAGGUAAAGUUGGACAAGAAGGUAACAUACCUAAUGAUGCUGAAGAAAGCAAGAAAACCUCAGAAGCUGAGCUGGAAAGUUCAAAAGAAACACUUGUUGGGAAGGAAGCUGAGGGUUCUAAAGUAACUCAAAAUGAGAAUGAGAAGUUGGAGGGUGAAAAAGUUCAAGAGAAGGCCCAGCAGCCAGAGUGUGAGGCAGAGAAAGAAGAUGGAUCUGGGGAUCAGGACAAAGCUGACACAGCCAUUGCUGGUGAGAAAAAAAUUGAAGUGGAAGGAGAGGAGAAAGAGAGAGAUAACAGAAGCACUCUUGUAUCUGAAGGAGAAGACAAGGAGAAAUCAGUCAAAGAAAACGAUGCUGAGUACAGUGCAGGUGUUCAUGAAAACAGCAAAAAGGUUGAAGGAGAAGCGACUGAAAAUGGAGGCCAUGGCAGUGAGGCUGUCAAGCCUUGAGUAUAAAGUAGAUUAACCGGAUGCUGUUUCUCUUCCCCUUAGCUCAGUGCGAAGAUGACCAUAGUUUAAUAUUGUUAAUGUUGUUAAUCUUAGCUAUCUGAUUGUUCGUUGAAACAUCCAUCUAUUCAAUUAUAGAUGAGACUUAUAAUGUACGGUCUUUUGUUGUACUGGAGAGACAUGAAGCAUGCUGUGACCUUUGUAACAUUAUGGUGUAAAGAUAGUUGUAAUGUGAUAUUGGUAUGCAGUCCUGUAAUAAUGUAGAUCCCUGAAUCUGUAAUAAUGUAGAUCCCUGAACCAUUGCUUA